AUGACGAAAAGGCAUGCUGACUCUCAACCCACAUUAUCUCUUCGAGAGAAUGAGCACCCAUGGCACGCCAGAGGGUAUCGACCUGAGUUGGCAAACUCAAAAAGGUCUCCGAAUGAGGAUCCCCGAGGCGAAAUAGCAUAUCAAAGGGCAUUCGCGGACGCUGCAAAGCAAAAUCCGCCACGAGUGCCCAAUCCCGAUUUCUAUCCCAAUUCACCUUCAGCCAGGAAUUAUAUCCUGAAAAGAGCUGAGGCUCUCUUCUCCGUGAGGAAGAAUUCGAGUCUUCCAAAUACCCCAGCAUCAUCAUCUUCUCCACAAAGUCAAUAUGAAAGGCAUGACUCUCCUCGACAUGACAAGAGACAUGUCUCUCACAAACCAAAUCUCAAUAUCAAAUUAGAGCCAACUGCUUAUAAUCACAUGAACAAUGCCUAUCAACAUUCUCCCACCACAGCCAGACCAAUUGAGGAGCCUCGAGCAUUUGGUCAUGGUCCUCCAAUGACCCUUGAGCCAAACCCAGAGAGGUACGCUCCAAAACCACCACAAAACCCGUUUGCCUCAUCUAGGCGCACUUGA